AUGUCCCAGACACUGCCACCUCCAGGAGCCACUGGUUUAGCCAGCGAUGACCAAGGACCAAAAGUUGUUGUUGUUCUUUGGGUGCUUACAGUGAUCCCUGCACUUUUUGUGGCCUUACGCCUCUACACUCGAAUUACACUUAGUAAAUCAUAUGGGUGGGAUGACACCGUCAUUGUCGCCGCUUGGGUUUUACUCUUGGUGUAUACGUCAAUAAUUACCAAAGCGCGUGACUACGGUGUCGGCCGACAUUAUUGGACACUCGAGCAAGACAGGUUGGUUAACGCCUACUUGUUUAUCUACAUUGGCCAGACAGUCAUCAUCGAAGCCUGCAGCUUGAGCAAGACGGCCUUUGCAUUUACGCUGCUGCGGAUUGUCACCAAAAAAUUCGAGAAAUUAGCGAUUUGGUACAUCAUUCUCAGUCUGAACAUCGUGAUGCUCCUCUGUGGUAUUUUUCAGUUUGUUCAAUGCAAGAACCCGGCGUAUGGAUGGGAUAAAAGUAUCAAAACAGAAUGCUGGCCUCUCUCAACUUUUGUGAACUACACAAUCUUUGCUGGUGCCUAUUCUGCAGCUUGCGAUUUUGCCCUCGCUCUUUAUCCCUGGGUGAUAUUGAAAAGUCUCAAUAUGAAGAGAAGGGAGAAAGUAGGUGUAGGGCUGGCCAUGAGCCUGGGCGUAUUUGCCGGGGCCACCGCCAUAAUCAAAACCACCAAACUGCCUGCCCUAUCGAAGCAGGUCGAUUACACAUAUGCGGGCUCAGAUACUCUUUUAUGGGCUGGCGCGGAAACGGGAUCCACGAUUGCCGCCUCCUCCAUUGCCGUUUACCGGCCACUUCUCAAAAAGGUCAUGUCUUAUGUGACAUCUAGCCAGAAGAGCUCCUUUUAUGUUCUUGAAAACUUCGGCCCGGGUGCAGAUAAACCUGGCCAUAGAGCACCGUCACGCAUGCAUGGCCGAGCCACCAGCCGGGGCCAUCGAACAAUUGUUGGAGAGGGUGAGAGCGAUAGGAGCAUUCUACCCUUGCACAAUCAAAUCAAAAAGACCAGCGAAGUGACAAUCAGCUACGCUUCGAGGGCGUGA